UUCGCACUCAUUCGUCCCGCCACAGGGGCAAGGGAAGGCAGCAGCAGCAGGCGAUCGCUUUGAUGCAUCCGUACAGGAUGGGCGCUAAGCCGCAAUGGUCUCGAGUGGCUGCACUGCCGCCGUCCUGCCGACGACAACUGCUGUGCACCACGCCUAAGUAGACGACCAAAGCACCCAGCAAGACAGCCCAUAUGCGAAGCCUCGGACACCACCGCCCCACCCACAGGCACUCACUGAUGCCCAAAGCCCGAAAGAGGCUCUUGAGUGACGCCCUGGUGGCCUCACUCCACCAGUCGAGAGAAUGGUCAUCGCCUGUAUCGAUGCGGCCCACAUCGAUGGGAGUAUCAGGGAUGCCGGCAGCCGUCGCGAUCUCGCCAAGGAUGUCGGUAUCGACCAUGCCGGCCAUGCGAUCGUGGGAGUAAUGGCAGACGCACAGCAUGUGGACGGAGGCGGGCGACAACCAGGGCGGGUGCUGCGAGGUGGCCACGCACCGACGGGCGUCUGCGGACAGGGAUGCAACACACCAGAAUGUGCGGCUGUCGUCUUGCGCACAUGGAUUCUCACCCCGUCUCACCUUGCAGUUCCCAUAUCCACCUCUCCUUGACCAUCCUGCCACCUCCGAAAGGCACCAACAUGAUCCACACACUCGGGACGUGCAUCGGCGCAUGGGCUCCCUUGUAGACAGGCACGACGUUGACUCUGUGCCUUUCGAGGUUCCUCGUCAGCUCAGCAGCGUAUCCGUGACCCUAAAAGCCGAAACGAGAUUGGUGCAAUCCUCUCAUGAGGAGCCAACGUCGCUCACCAGCUGCUCUUGAGAGCCGAUCAAAGCGACGUCCGAGCACCUCUGAGUCAUGGGGAUGCAAUGCGCACAGAUCUCGCGAAGAGCUUCAG